AGUCCCUAGUGCUCAGUACCCGGGGGUGGAGUAGGCUUUUGUACGAAAGGGAAGAGACCCUCAGGCUUAGGUUAGUGGAGUUCGAGACUGGCUUCGACGUCCGGAAAGGAGCUCACACAUGGCGGGCGGCCUGUGGGCCGCGAGGCCAGCCGACGGGUUAAGGACACGUCAGCCUUCACGGCUGCUGAGGGUUUUUAUCGUGUAGGCAGCUCUACUGCCAAGAUGGUCAACGUACCUAAAACCCGAAGGACUUUCUGUAAGAAGUGUGGCAAGCAUCAGCCUCACAAAGUGACCCAGUAUAAGAAGGGCAAGGAUUCCCUGUAUGCCCAAGGAAAGAGGCGCUACGAUCGGAAGCAGAGUGGCUACGGUGGGCAGACAAAACCAAUUUUCCGGAAGAAGGCUAAAACCACAAAGAAGAUUGUGCUGAGGCUUGAGUGUGUGGAGCCUAACUGCAGAUCGAAGAGGAUGCUGGCCAUUAAGAGAUGCAAGCAUUUUGAACUGGGAGGAGACAAGAAGAGAAAGGGCCAAGUGAUCCAGUUCUAAACUUUGUUCUUUGGAGGCAGAAAUGUUGAAGCUGUGGGGAAAAUAAAUACAGUAGUAUUCAUACCCAA